AUGUCACAGAGAAUUGGUAGCGCUGCCACAGCCUUCACCCGCACAUGGCACCACGUGGACGUUGCCAACGACCCCAGAUCGUUGGGUCGUUUGGCUGCCAGUAUAGCCAUCACUUUACAAGGAAAACACAAACCCACCUUUUCGCCCAACAGAGACCAUGGCGACUACGUGGUGGUCACCAACUGCUCGCAUAUGAAGGUGAGCGGAAACAAGCUCACCGAUAAGACUUACUGGUCGCACACCACGAGGCCCGGUUCGUUGAAGUUGGUUCCUAUGGAACGUAUGGUCGAGAAUAAGGGUUUCGGCUGGGUGUUGCAGAAGGCCGUGCGUGGUAUGAUUCCUAAAAAUAAGCUCAGACUAGCCCGUCUCGAUAGAUUGAAGGUGUUCAACGGAGACGACCAUCCAUACAAGGAGAACUUGAUUGCGUUUGCCGAUGAGAUGAACGAGGUCAGAGAGAAGAUCGAGCAGUUGGAGAAAAAGGAGGUCGAGAUGGCUAGUCUCAGAGAGGCCUACUUGAAGCAAAACUAA